CGCGCUGCUGCUGCGUCUGUUCGAGCCAAAGCUGAGGGAGACGGACGAGCCGCCAUCUUCCGUGCGCUUCUCCCUCCAACGAUGAGCAAAAUACGUGGAAAACGGCGCCCUAUGACCACUCAGAUACACGAAUAAAGCCGCAUACUGACGGGACUCGUGGUUGAAAACAAAAAAGCGGGUGGAUGUUGUGUGGAAACGGUCACUUUUUCGGGGGGCGUUCGCCGUCCUUAAUCUGCUGAGGCGCUGGUCGCUCGGUUCCUCGCCCAUUUCGCGAUUACGGACCGAUACCGAGAGGACUCCCGGCUGAGAACGGGGUCUGUGCGUGGCAGAAGCGAUGGGAAGCUGUGAGGACCGCCUGCGCGUGGUUUUCUAGUGUGGAAUUUGCGUUUUGUACAUAAAAAACACGCAGAUAUUGAGCCGAAUCGUUGGCGAAAUUCCCCCGGACAGAGCGCGGCCGUCACGUGGCUCUGUGGGUGGGCCGGUGUCCCAGAGCGGAGGACCAGGCUGGUGUUGCCCUUUCCCUAGCCCUGCAUGGCUGCGAUGGCGCCCGCUCUGACCGACGCCCCAGCCGAAGCCCGCCACAUCCGCCUGAAGCUGGCCGCUGCCUCAUCUGGCCUUUCCCCCGGCAGCGCAGAGAACAACGGCAACGCCACCAACCUCCUCCUGUCCUCUUCUGUCUCCCCGUCCACUGCCUCACCUGCAAACGGCAAGCGCCGCCUCCCGCAGGACUCUGAGGACGGCUGCCGGAGCUGCUGCUGCAACGGCAAAGGCCAGCCGCAGGAGCCCCUGAGCCUGGGCAAGCUGCAGCCGCUGGUGGCGUCUUACCUGUGCUCGGAUGUGGCGCCCGUAGCGAAGGAGUCUCUGAAGGUGCAGGGCGUCCUGAAGAGCCACAGCCUGCUGAACGGCACGCUGUUCCACGGCGCUGAAGGUGGAGAUUUCCUGCUGCGUAAGGCGCUGAGUGGAGGUGGACAGGUGAAGAGCCUUGUCAACAGAAGAGGAGCAGCAGGAACAGGGGGUAGCGCCAUGGUUCCUGUUAAUGGCCUGGCCAAGAAAACGGCGGUGCCCAGCACGGCUCUACCCGAGAAAGGUUGCAUUGCUACAGUGAACGGAGACAACGCCAAACCUCCGACCAGCAGCGAAGCCUUGUUACCCCUGUCUUCAAAGUCGGGAGACGUCAUGCCCUUGAUAACUGCGCCAAGGGGUGACUGCAAACAGCAGAGAGAGUCGUCGGACAUCUUCAGCCGAGCACCAGAAGACACGGGUAUUGCAACGCAAAGCGCGGAGGUCAAAUCUGAAACAGACUGCCUGCCCUGUAGUGGCCGGUUACAAUCUUCCAAAUCAAUAGCGCUUACAGAAACAGUGAACAGUGACCAUACAGAUCGCCUUGAAGACCCUCAGUCAUCCCCUGCCCCUCACUGCCCAUCCCCCACGUCCUCCCUCAACCUGGAGGCUCUGCUGCAGGAGCGGGCCCAGCAGAGCCGACGCAGGCACACAGACAUUUCAGGGCGGCUGCAUCGCCUCUGCAAGAGGCUGCAGGUGGUGCAGGCCAAGCAGGUGGAGCGUCACGUCCGUCAGCAGGUCACUGGAUUUCUGGACUGCGCCCUGAAUCAGAGCUUUGCCUUCAGCCGCAGAGCUGACCUGCACACGGACUCCCUGGGCCAUUUCCUUAAGGGAGGGUCCGUCCCCUCCGAGCUGGAGAAGCUGCACCUGAGCGGCAGCACUAAUCUGAGGACAGCGGAGGCACAGUUUGACUCUGACGCCACGGAGAGCAGCUCGGGUGGAGAGAGCGACGUGGAGGAGGAGGAGCUUUCCAGAGUGGACAUCGAGCAGCGGCACAUUAAACUGUGGAGAAGAGCAGAAGGCCGUUUCGCUCUGGAGAGAGCCUCCAUCAUAAGCCGGUGGACGUGGCUUCAGGCUCACAUAUCGGACCUGGAGUACCGCAUCCGCCAGCAGGCUGACAUCUACCGGCAGAUCCGUGCCAGCAAGGGAUCUGUUGAGCUGGGAGAUUCUGCCACGUCGGGGCAGAUCAGGGCAGAUAAAGUGGAGAACCUGAACACACAGAGUGCAGCAGAGGGGCUCAGCCAGUUCAGCAGAUCUGUUCAGAACCGCUUCCUCCACAGUGGCAGUACGGAGACAUCGGCUGCUGACAGCAGCUGCACAUCUGCUCGCGUUCGGCCUCUAAUCAGCUGCAAAAGACGGCGCCUUAUUCAACCCAACAUGGUCCAGAACCUCAAUGGCAAGGUACAGAGGCUGUGUUGUUCUCCGACGAGACAGUGUGACGUAAACGCCUCCUGCGUAAUGUGUGGGGGCGACCGCCUCCCGCCCAAGGCAGAAGUGCCGUAUGAGCGCCCUCUGGUGGAGAGAGUGGCCCUCUACGACCCCAGCAUCCACACCACCCUCUCCCUGCAGUCAGACAUGUCUCUCAGUGUGCAGCUCCAGAGUGUGCUGAAGUCUCAUUUUCAGACUCGGCGCAUCGAGAAACUGAAGCCCUUAAAAAAGCUCUCGCUCAAACACAAGCUCUCCCUCUUCUCCCCCUCUUCGUCAUCCACACUGUCCAAACACAAGUUCAGGCUCUCCAACUCACACAUGGCUGCAGUCAAGUUGUCUCGGCAUAAGAGCAAAUCGGAGAAAUUGCGAAAGCAGCAGCAAGCUGAGGGCAGUGUCCGCACGCCUACGCUGGACACACCCACCUCACACACCACACACACCCCCUGCAGGACAGAGCACUUGCUGGACAGGAGCCUCAACCGCAAGAGGACCAGAGAGCACUCACUGGACAGAACUGAGUCCCCAAAGCUGCUGGUUGACACGGGAAGCCCGAUUCCAUCUCAGUCCAGCGCCCAGCCAUCCACCCCGAGCUCCCUGAGCCGACAGCUGUCCCUCCCCACCGACACCUCCACACCGCUGGCCCCCAGCAGCCAGACUGCCUCCUGCUCCAUGGCGAUGAAAAAGAGGAAAAGUGAAAACUCGUUUGACAUCAACAACAUAGUCAUCCCCAUGUCUGUGGCAGCCACUACUAGAGUGGAGAAGCUCCAGUACAAGGAGAUAAUCACACCAAGUUGGAGGGAGGUGGACGUGUUUUCCAGAUCCCUCGCUGAGGAAGACAAGGAUGUAGAGGUGGAGGACAUGUCUGAUGCUGCUUUCUCGCAUCUCCAUCAGAAGUAUGAGGAUCAGGAGCGCUCGCGCUGGAGGUGGAUUGCCCUCGCGCCGGCCAAGAGGAGAGGCAGCAGGUCGUACAAGUCUUUGGAUGGUCGGACUACGCCGUCUCUGAGCGGAACGAACCCGUCAACUCCUCAGCCCUCGUCCCCGGACACCGGACACUUCCACCUGCUGCAGGAUUACGGCCCCGUCCCAUCACCCCUCAGCCCUCCCAGUCCAGAUACGCCCUGCUCCCGCGACGCACACACACCUCACUCCAGAGACGCCCAUCGGCUGCUUUACAGCGAGGACACGCGCUGCUCAACACCAGACUGCACCUACGAGGAGAAGACAGUGCAUCCCUGGGAGCAGAGGAGCUUCCCCCUCUCAGAGGAUCCGGUCGCGGAGCCGCCUCCACACCAUCAGAGACUUCCACUGGGCCUCCAGAACACCGGUCACUGCAGAGCCCGCUCAGAGAGCGAAGCUUACUCGCCAUGACUGCUUUCUACAGCAUAAAGAAGCCCCACUCAGCUACCGGGGACCAUAAAUAUAAACCACACCCCUCCUUCUGGCAUUAAUGACACAUACAUACAUACACACAAAAAAGACAUGAACUCAUACUAAAUGAAAACAAGAAAUAUUAACGGACUUCUGUUGUUUGAUAUUCAAACAUCAGCCAAAUAUUUUCACAGUUUUUAGUGAACAUCAAGGAACGUAGAAAUCUAAACCUGUCUCCUGAGGCCGUCUUUUCUCACAGAAAAAAAAAAAGAGUUAAAUGUAUGGUAAAAAAAAAAAGAACAAAACCACAAAAAAAAAAAAAAAUCAAAAGCAUAAUUAUUCUUAUAGUCAGCUAAACUAUGUUCUUGGUGUGGUAUUCUAACCUGUCAGGUGAUCACUUCGUAGCGCACUAUGUAGCAGACUUCAGGAAGGGGACUUGACCAAAAGGGUGUUUCCUUGCUGACUAGUUUGUGUAUGCUUGUACUGUGGAGUGACAACGACCAAAUCCAGACGAAGUAGGUUUUCCCUCCUCAUUAAUCUCAACUAAUAGACACACAUCGAAUCAUCAGAGCAUCCACGACUAGAAGCACUUCAUACGAUGUUCGUAUCUGUCUGUACACAGUCUGUCCAUCUCCUCUGCACUCUUUCAGCAGCCCUGUUUUUCUCCAGUCACCCCUCAGAUACGGAGUUAAUCCACAUCGGCAGAAAUCGCAGUCUGAUUCUACAUCAUGUAGAGAAUUCACAGCUGGGGCUCAUAAUGAACAUUAUGGAAGCUGAGCUCAGUUCAAGUUCCUCCACAAGUUCCUCCACAUCGCCGUCAUAUCUUCAUCCCUUCUUACCUUCUUCCUCUCCCAGUCAUUUUGUAACUAAAGAAAGUAAUCUUUCAUGCCUAACAUCUCCAACUUCCCCGACCCUCCUUACUCUCAGGUUCUGCAGUUCUACAGGCGUCCGUUUCUCUCCAGUGAAGCUUCUGUUUAUUCUUGUUCGCCAUUUGUGUUUAAAUGCAGCAGAUCUGAUCUCAGUUUCAUUUCCUCUUCAGCACUGUCGCCCGGAGUAACUACUGGCUAUGCAACUCAACAUUUAUUAUGGUUUAUGAUCAUCUCAUAAUCUUGUCCCUGUUUGUCUUUGUUUUUUUUUUUCCUUCAAUCACAGUUUUUGUUUUCUGUUUUAUUUUUCUUUGUUCCUUUUUUUCCUCCAUGGUCUUUGUUUUUGUAGUUACUCAAGACAGGUUUCAUUGUACGUUUUAAUUGUUCGAGAAGUUAAAUCAUUUGCAGGAAAAAAAGGCUUGUAAAUAGUACCAUUAAAACAAGUCAAACCCCUCAAA